AUGCGCAUCCGUUAUCCUUUCGCAGGUGCCUUCAUCUUCCUGCUCAUUUUAGCCGGCUACAUCGGUCUUCUUCCACACAGCACCUCUUCAACGAUACCCACGAAUCUCCAACCGAAUGACAAAUUCCUCCAUCUUGUUACCUUCUUCCUGCUUUCUUUGACAUUUUACUGGAUCUUGGAUACUUCCCGUCGCCGCACGCUGCACGUGACCCUCGUGGUUUGCACAUUAGGGCUUGGGGUUGGUUCUGAACUCGUUCAGGGCUUCCUUCCGAAUGGUCGAGACUUUGAUCCAUUCGACAUUGUCGCCAAUGUUGUCGGCAGCGUUGGCGCUGUUGGUAUUUGCAGCUGGUACCACCGUCGCAUGAUGGAGCGCCGUCGACAAAGUCGAUAUGGAUUGAUGGAAGAUGGCACUGAGGAUGUCGAGCUCGGUGGCGUCGAUGGAAACUCUCGUCGCGGAUCGGAAGUAAUGGGCCCACAGGAAUCUGGUGUAAUGUCUCUUGAGCAAGAGGUGGACAAUUGGGACGAGAAUGCAGUUGAUAAUUGGGAUACUGAAGAUGGUCCAGCCCCAACGCCGGGAACUACGCCUCCCAGUUACCACGAAUCUAGCCCCGUCGGCGGGCCUGCAGCUGUUCCAGCCGGAGUGAAACGCAAUGACUAG